AUGACGUGGCUACACUACCUUACUAUCUUCGCCCUUUCAACUUCCGCUUCCGCAUCACUUUUCAUCCCUGGCCACACUUGCCAAUGUCCACAAUUCGCAUGCCAGCCGGCUGGUCCUACCACCUGUCCCGCGUUCCUUUGCCCCGCUCCGAAACCGUGCUCCGGGACUGGAUAUGUUGCCCCCGUCCCCGCUCCACCAUCGCCACAAAUUGCUUUUUCGGCCCAAAAUUAUCCUCCUCAACUCUAUGCCCAGCCCCGGGCACUCGAUGAUCUCGAAUUGAGAGCGGCCGCGUCAGGUAUACGCCUCGGACAACCAACUCAAAAUCCCGAAACCGCGCAAUUAAAGGUUUUGGAACGUCUUGGUGAAGAUAUGGGAAAGGGAGAGGAUUGGGAUUUGGCGAGCGGCCUGCGGAAACCUGAAGAUAUCAGACGAGCCCCGACCUCGGCAAUCACAGUUCGGGAAGUUCCGGAGGGCGAUGAUCCGAAGGCCGAAAAGCCGCAAGAAGAGACUACUCCCGCCUCCACCCAAACUCAAAAUGGCUCAGAGUUGCCGAAGUGUAACUCGCAAGUCCUUAAAAAAUUAAUGGAAGAGAACAUGUCGGACAACUCAUCUGAUUCAAAACGACAAAUCAAUACUGCUGCGGAGGCUAAAUUUGGCGGAAAUUUGUUCUCGCUUGGAAUGCAGCUGUUCGUGUGCGCCAUCGAUGGCGCCGUCCACGGCCUCGAUGUGACCCCGGAGACUACAAUUCGCGAUCUUAAGCAACGGCUGUGCGCUAAUGACGAGACGAUCCUUUCCUACGGCUCUGGCAUUCUCGAGGACGAACAAACCAUCGCUGGCCUGGAGCUCACCAACGGCGCCACGCUUGCCAUCAACCAUCGUCUGCUCGGAGGUAAGGUCCACGGCUCGCUCGCCCGUGCCGGAAAGGUCCGCUCUCAAACCCCGAAGGUCGAGAAACAAGAGAAGAAGAAGAAGAAGGUCGGCCGUGCCCAUCGUCGCAUCCAAUACAACAGGAGAUAUGUGAAUGUCGCUGUCGGCGGCAUUGGACGAAAACGUGGCCCGAAUACCCAGAAUGUU